AUGGAAAAGCUUACUGGUUAUAUUUUUGACAUUUCCAGUGUGGAAUCAAGUGAUUACAGAUAUUUACUAUUUUACAAGCUCAUGUAUUUCAUAGGCAAUGCUGUUAAAGUAAAUACUAAACAAGUCAUACAGACAGUAGAUCUUGAUUUUCCAAAUACAACUGAGAGUUACAAACUCUAUUGCCAGAGAGUAAUUGCUAGUGAUAUCAAAGAAUGUGUAUGUCGAGCUCCUGAUACUCCAUAUGAUGAUAGUUCAUACUCGAACAUACCAAUGACAUCUUAUGAGCUUCCUGAUGGACAGACAAUAGAAAUUGGAGCCGACAGAUUCAAGGCACCUGAUAUUCUUUUCAACCCAUCCUUGGCUCAGACUAUUCCUGGUAUGGAGAAUUUUGCCGAGACUGCUUCUUCUGUUCGUGGCCUGCCACAAAUGGUCUUGGAGAGCAUAAAUAAGUGUGAUGUGGAUAUUAGGAGAGAACUCUUCAGCAGUAUACUGCUUGCUGGUGGCACUGCAUCCAUGCAACAGUUAAAGGAACGUCUGGAGAAAGAUUUGCUAGAGGAAUCUCCUCAAGCAGCUAGAGUGAAAGUUUUGGCAAGUGGAAAUGCAACGGAAAGGAGAUUCAGUGUUUGGAUAGGUGGGAGUAUAUUGGCGUCACUUGGUUCCUUUCAGCAAAUGUGGUUUUCAAAAUCUGAGUUCGAGGAACAUGGAGCUUCUUAUGUUCAAAGAAAAUGCCCGUAAGGAACUUUACUGGUGCGGUCAAUUAUCACAUUAGAUAGACAGAAAUUCAUGGAGCUGACUUCACUUCGAUUAGUUUGCUGACGGUAUGGGUUGUUCGGUUUUAAUAUCCUGCUCUAUAGGAGUCCAAACAACAAUGUACUAUAUAUGUAUUGUACCUAUCGUUGCUAAUGUUGUACAAUUACGUUACGUACUGGGGAUUGUAAUAUACUCCGUACUAGGCUCGUGUAGCAACAUUAUUGACUUGCUAUCUAAGUCACCGUGAAGAAUUUUACGGUCGCUGACAUUUUAAAA